UGGCGCGUCGGGGGAUUUCGAGAUGUCGGGAGCUUCGCGAGCCAAGCAGCGGAUGUGGCGGGCGCGUCGGGACCGAGAGGAGCUUCGAGAUCGCGCACGGGUUCGCAGGCGGUCCUUGUGCCGCCGAGUAUACCUCGCGCCUGGCGCGCCAUUCGGGAUCCCUGCUAUCCGCGCCUGGUGCGCAGCCAUUUUUUGUGCUCGAUUUCGACGACGUCUCGCCUCUUUCUCUGCCGAUGGGUUCUACUCGAGCACGAUCUCUCUGGCCUUCACCCCGCCUUCGUCAACCUGGUCCCAACAUUCAUUGCUGAAACUUCAUUGGGGAAGGGACGUACCCGUCGAUGAAGGCGCCCGUCAGACUCUGGACGCAUACGCUGCUGUUGGGUGGACAAGUCUACUGCUGCUGCUGCUGCUGGAACGAUAGACCCCCCAAGACGGAGCGGUCGGGUCUCGGGGCUUGGGCACGCGCUUUGUGCAAGAGGCAGCAACCCCUGCGUCGUCGUCAGGUCAAGCCCGCAAAGCACCGUCGCAGUGAACCCUCGCGCUGUCCGACCUCACGUAAAGACUACGCGAUGCAACGGGGAGCCGUUGCCCUUGCCAUCCCGCCCUUGCUCGGUUUUAGAAGCGGACGGAUCGAGCUCGAGCAGGGACCGACCCGCCGCAGGAGGUGCCGUACUCUACCCACGAGAGAGCAAAGGUGCUCUAUCCGAGGGAUGGACGUGCAUGUCGGAGGAAUGCAGAUCAGAGCUCAGAUGGAGAGGGAGGGCCUAUCACGCCAGUUCGCGCCGACAACUGCAUUGCCAGCUUUGCGCGAAUUCUAACAGCGCGCACAGCCCUUCUGCAGGAAUCGUACAGCCACCCA